ACAUCCCAUCGUCGGCUCGGUCGAUUCGAAGCCGCGGACAUCUCGUCGUCCCUUAACCUCGCGCGCUCUAGGGGCCGGAGCUCGUGCCACCGAUCGGGCGCAGUUGGUGGUGUCGGUGUGUCGUCGGUGUUGGGAUCUCGGGGCGGCCGACCGAGCCCGUGCAUCUUCUCGAGGAGGAGCGGCACUUUCGAGGACACGGCUUUAAUGUACGUAUCCAGCGUCAGAGGCAACGAUGAAGCUCACCCAGAGGUGCUUCGGCAACAUCGCCAAAAUGCUCGACUUCUACUCGCAGUUCAACCCCUCGCCCCUUUCGAUCAAGCAGUUCAUCGACUUUGGACUUAGUGCGUGCGAGAGAAAAUCUUUCAUCUUCUUACGGAAGGAACUUCCAGUGCGCCUGGCCAACAUUAUGAAGGAGAUACAUUUGUUACCGGAAAAUCUCCUACGAAUGCGGAGCGUGGAAAUUGUCAAUGAUCUCUAUGCAACGUCAUUCGAAGAAAUUAUUCUUUUCGAAAAGGCCGACGUGAAUGAAAAUACUUUGGAUAGAUUUUGUCAAGCUUUAGUGAAGAUCAGAAAUAGACACACGGACGUCGUGCAAACGAUGGCUCAGGGGGUUUUGGAGUUAAAGGAAUCUCACGAUGUCGAUGUACAGACGGAAAACAGCAUCCAAUAUUUUCUCGACCGAUUUUACAUGUCUCGUAUUUCAAUAAGAAUGCUCAUUAAUCAGCAUACUUUGCUGUUUGGCGGAGUUCUAGAUUGCCACAACCGACAUAUCGGAUGCAUAGAUCCCUACUGUGACGUCAUCAGCGUCGUCAAGGAUGCCUACGAAAAUGCACGAUUCUUGUGCGAUCAGUACUAUAUGGCAAGCCCCGAACUUGUAUUUAAUCAGCAUAAUGAGAUGGAACAGGGAAACGAGACGAAGAUAGUAUAUGUGCCAAGCCACUUAUACCAUAUGCUCUUUGAACUUUUCAAAAAUAGCAUGAGAGCAGUAAUGGAACACUGCGGUUCCGAUGCCGACAAAUAUCCAGGUUUGAAGGUCACUGUCGUUCGCGGGAAAGAGGACAUAUGCGUCAAGAUGUCCGACAAAGGUGGCGGUAUUCCUCGCUCGCAGACGGACAAUUUAUUCAAGUACAUGUACAGCACUGCACCUCAGCCCAGUAAAUCCGACGCCCACACGGUGCCGCUCGCCGGAUACGGUUAUGGUCUUCCAAUAUCACGACUCUAUGCCCGAUAUUUCCAUGGGGAUUUGAUUCUGCUGAGCUGUGAAGGCUACGGGACCGACGCCAUUAUUUACCUCAAGGCAUUGUCGAACGAAGCCAACGAACUACUACCCAUAUUCAACAAAACAUCGUCAAAGUUCUACAGAGCAUUACCUUCCAACGCCGACUGGAGCAGUCAGUGUGGCAACAGCAUGGCAACCAGGCAAUUGCCAAUGAACCAAAAGCAAGGCCACCGGCUGCCCAAUGGUUUACAAGCGACUCAAUGCUAGCAGAACGCCAGCGAUAUGGUUGUUCAUCCAGAAUCGUUAGACUGACUGAAGCGUUUAUUUAUAACCUUGUAUUUACACCAUUUUUUUUUUG